UUUCCUUUUGCUUGUCACUGUUAUUUAUAUACUUUCUUAUGUGCUAUUCAUUAAAUGAUCAACAAGUCCAUGUCUGACAUUUUCAUUUAUCUGCUAUUUAGCUCUGCACAUUUGACGCAGUUUGUUGGAACAGCCACAAAGUAAGUGGUGACAAAGCAACUUUCGGUUGCAGUGCAGUGUUAAAUACGGUGGGUGUGGACAGCUCGGCAGGAAAGGGACACAAAAACCAGACUGUUAGCUGGAGCACUGUUGAAGACGGGACAUUUUUAUUGAGUACAGUUGCUUUUGUCUUAGGAGUCUUAGUCUUAGGAGUUUUCAUCUAUACCACAUCAACAAAUACCAUCUUGAAGAAGAAGGGUAGUUAUGUGUACGAGUCUGAUCCAGGAUUUUUCUUAAAGAAAUGUAUGCUAAGAGCUCCAGAGGAAUAUUCAUGCCAUUUGAGGGUGAAUUGGAUUCAGCAGGCAUAACAAAAAACUCCAGUCAAGCUUCUUUCUGAGUAGAAACCUCUCACUGUAAGGAGGAUGUUUUGAGAAGUUUGUUUCCACCAUGCCUGUUGAAGAUGUUGGUCCAGGUCGGGGUGAAAGGAGAAGGUUGUCCUGGAUGUUUCUAGUUCUGGUGAUUGCUACCAUCACCUCCUCUUCCCUGUCUGUGAUCUCCAUGUACCAUAUGCUGGCCCUGCGGGCCGAGGUGGAGGGUUUGAGAGCUGAGGUGGUCCGCAGGAGAGAGGAGCAAAGCGGGACACUAGAAGAAGUGGCAGGAAAACAAACCCAUCAGCAGGAAGAUGAAGAGAGCAAAGAGACAAUCGAGUAUCUGAAGCAGACUGAGAUGGGUGAUGCCGUAACAGACCAUACUGUCCUGUCAAAAAGGAGCCUGGGUCAUACAUCAAGCAAAGCAGAAUCCCAGCCCUGUUUACAAAUGAUGGCAAACAACAGGAGAAAAACCUUCCAGAAAGAGUUUGCUUUGGAAAUAUGCACAGCCAUCCCAUGGCAAGUCGGACUGAAGCGUGGCACGGCUCUGGAGGAAGAGCAGGGCACCAUUUUAAUCAAAGAGGAAGGCUUCUUCUUCAUAUAUAGUCAGCUCUCCUUUUCCCAGGUUUACUACACAGACUCUACGUUCGCUAUGGGCCACAUCGUGAUUCGUAUAAAGAAGAACGUCGUAGGAGACGAGAGUCAGCACGUUGUUCUGUUCCGCUGUAUUCAGAGCAUGAAUCGAGUCAAUCACUUCAACACAUGCUACACUGGAGGCCUAGUGAAGUUGGACUCUGGGGACAGACUGGAGCUUCUGAUACCUCGUACCAAUGCAAAUAUCUCUCUGGAUGGGGAUUCCACCUUCUUAGGAGCAAUACAACUGGCCUGACAAUGGAGAACGACUUUGGAUCAGACACUGAAUGAGACUGAAUAUGCUUUAUUAUAAUUAUUCAUAAGGAUAAUUAUUGACAUUCCCUGGACUCCACGAAUACCAUACUUGCUUUAUGUUGUGGAGCAUUCCUAAAAAUGUCUUCAUCGAAUUACUUUGUAUCCAGCUACUUUGGUUGACACUUCAGUGGCAUUUCAUCACCCAUGCACAAAAUGAACAUUAUUGCCCAUAUUGAAGUUCCUCUAUGUCAUGAUUCAUCAGUCUUCAUAAUGUUUUAUCAAAAUAUAGUUCCAUGUACGCUUCCGAAAUCACUUCCCUCUUUGUUUUUCACAUCUCUAACAACUCGUUUCAGGUGUGUAACAACCACUUUUUCACAAUCCAGUCAGUUCCCGAUGGAUAAAAUCAUAUCCCGCUCAACAUUUUUUAUAUGACAAAUUUUAAAUAAACACUUUGUGCAUAACACAUUUUACUCUAAGAUAGUUAUAAAUGCCAUUUCUUGAUGGGUUGUGAACAUGCACCUACACACAUACAUUUAACGUUUUAUUAUUCAGAACAUCUGUUGCAGAAGAACACCUCAGCAUGUGCUUUGGUUUUAACUAAAUAUUUUGACCUUUAUAACACGAAAGUGCGCUUUCAUACAUCAGUACCUUUGAAGUUAGCACUGAACAUGAAGCCUCCAUGAUUCUACCAGCAGAUGGAGACUGUAUCACACUGUGGAAGAGCAUUGGAAAGCACUUGCUUUCUGUUGAGUGCUUCACACAGCUUUCAUAAAGACAGUUCUUUCUGUUCAUUGACAGAGGUUAUAUAAUAUGCUUCUGGUGUGUGAAUUUGUCAGCCGCAUCUCAUAUAGAAACAGUCAACAUAGUGUCACAGGCCUUGAGAUACUGGAAUUAUGCUUGUACUGUAAACCCAUUGGGCCUCAUUUAAAAAAUGUGUGUACACACAGAUUUGAUUUUAGAGUGUGCGUACGCUAAAAUCCAUGGCAAUGUUCAUAUUUUUUAAAAAUUGUCUUUUAUGUGGAAAAGUAUCCGCAGACAUUUGAACAUUAAGCUGCAAUAAUAAAAGCGGUGUACGUGCAAGCACCACUUUCAUCUUAAACUAAAAGAGAUUAUUUGUACAGUGUAGGUUUUUUUAGGGGUUGUGAGAUUAAACUGACCUUUUUAGUAA